AGAAGCUGUCGUCCAUCAUCACGGCAGAAGACUACGAAGAUCUGGGAAACCAUUCGACGGAGGCCAUGGGGGAGACGGGCCUCUUUGCCGUCGCUCAGUCCUUGGUCAUGAUGAAGGGUCUACUGGACCGGUGUCUCAACCGUGAGAGUGCCUUGGACCGGGUUCGCGCAAAGGCAGAGCAGACGGAGGAGGAGCUCGGACAACUCCAUCAAUGGAGGUCCAAGAUGGAGAGGAAGCUGGAGCUUUCUGAGAAGGUGAGGAAGGAGCUGGAGGAGAAGACGGCCACUGCGCUGACGGCCAUAGAGAAUAAAGAGGCGGAGAUCAAACAACUCAAAGUUGAGAUCCGUCAGGCGAAAGAGGCAGCCGUCGAGGAGUAUCGAUGCUCGGAAACCUGUUUGGGCGAGCUGUCGGACUCCUUCCUUCAAGGCUUUGAUGACUCUCUCCGUCAAGUCAAGAAGGCUUAUCCAGAGCUGGAUUUGACGAUGGUCAAACUUGAAGAUCAAGCCCAGACUUCUGCCCUCCCCGUCGCCUCAGAAAAUACGGAGGACCUUUUUGGCGACGGUGCUGCUCAAGGAGACGGAGAUUCCGCCCCGUCGAAGGAUGUCCCGGUUACUGAAGAAAAGAAAGAUUGAUGCAUAUGUACUUUAUUUUGUGAACAAUCCGUCCUUCUUUUUUAUUCAUUUUUUAAGACAAUCCGUCCUUUUUAAUUGUAUUAAACAUUUGCCUUUGGGGGCUUUUUGCUUAAUGUUCAGAUAUGCUUUUUACAAUUGUUU